UCAUGAAAUCCCUGGCUGUAUUCGUCGCUCUCCUGGCCGUGGCCUCCGCCGCCCGCCACAGAUGGACCCUGGGACAGCUGUCCGAGGCCAUCGAGAACCCCACCACCAACCCCUCCCUGUUGCCCGCUCUCAAGACCGGCCUCAACGCUUACAUGGACGCUAUCUUCUCCGGCCUUGACUACGAAUACAUCUACAUCGGAACCGCCCCCAUCGAUCUGUCCACCUGGAGUUUGAACGAGCUGUCCGCAGCCAUCGAGAACCCCAGCACCGACCCCGCUCUCCUGCCUUACCUCAAGGAUGCCCUCAACGCCCUGAUGGAAGGUCUUUACUCUGGAUCUGCCCAGCCCGCUUACUCCGUCAUCAUCCCCGCAAGAGACCUUUCCUACUGGAGCUUGGGUGAGCUCUCCAGCGCUCUCCAGAGCCCCGAACUGAACCCCGCUCAGGCCCCCUACCUGGUCGAUGGUUUGAACAGCCUCAUGGCCGCUAACUUCGGAGGUGCCAACGUGCAAUCUAUUGUGUUGGCUAUUCCCUUGGAAAUCGUCGCUGCCAGCGCUUCCGCUUAAGUAUCUGAACGUAUCUGAAGUCUGUCUCGACCCCACUACACAUCAUACGAAACCUAGCAUACCAAAAAUAACUGAGUAAAUAAGUAACAAAUGACUAAAACAAAUAAUAAA